GCUGCUGAAUUGAAUCACAAGUGAAACAGUUGUUUCCGAAAAGUUUCCCCCGGGCUUUGAAGAUGUCGGGCACCGCCAUGCAAAAGCAAGACAGUGCAGUGUUGAUACUCGCAGUUGUUGGCUUGGCCCUUGUUACCAUUCUCAGUGUGUGGAAGUUAAAACAGUUUAAAUAUAGACUCAUAACUGAAACUGGAGGUGCAAUGUUUUAUGGCGUGCUUGUGGGGUUGAUACUGAGAUGCUUGCCAUUGGACCGGGGAGACAAUAUGGAAACUGUUUGCACUUGUGGUGAUCUUAACAACACGCCUCGCCUCUUGACAAUCAACGGCACGUCACACUUUAACUGUUUUAAACAUGUUGGGGGAGUCAACCAAUGGUGCCCACCGGCCUCAACCCCUCAUAUGGAGACCUUUGAUCCCGAGGUCCUUUUCAAUCUGUUCCUGCCACCCAUCAUCUUCCAUGGAGCUUACACCCUCAAUCAGAAACGAUUCAUUGGGAAUCUUGGAUCUGUUUUGACUUUUGCGUUUUUGGGAACCGCAAUCAGCUGUGUCACUAUAGGGGCCUGCGUCUACGGCUUCACCAGACUGAUGGUGCUGUUGGGCCAAGCAGCAGAUGGAGACUUCUUCCUCACGGAUUGCCUCCUGUUUGGUGCCAUUAUGUCGGCCACUGACCCAGUUGCAGUCCUCGGCCUGUUGUCAGAGCUACGCGUGGACCUGGAUCUGCACGCCCUGCUGUUCGGAGAGAGUGUCCUGAAUGAUGCCGUGGCCAUCGUCCUGACACAUGCCAUCACCACCUACAGCCAGAUGGGUGCAGGACAUGUCUUCAACCCCUCUGCCUUCUUCAUCUCUGUUGGUUAUUUUCUCGGAUUGCUUGCCAGCUCCUUCCUCUUGGGUUUCAUAUUCACAGUCAUAACAGCCCUCCUCACCAAAUUCACCCGGCUAUGUGAGAAUCCACUGCUGGAAACAUCUGUCUUCUUAUUGCUGUCCUGGAGCAGCUUCCUCUCAGCUGAAGCCAGCGGACUUUCAGGUAUUGUGGCGGUGCUGUUUUGUGGCUUGAGCCAGGCAAGGUACACAAUUCACAAUUUAUCCUCCGAGGGCAGGACCAGGACCAGGCAGCUCUUUGAAGUCUUCAACUUCCUGGGGGAGAUUUUCAUCUUCAGCUACAUGGGAUAUGUAUUGUUGACGUUUCCCCACCAUGUCUUUAAGGCUCUCUUCAUUACUGGGGCAUUUCUCUCCAUCUUUGUAUCAAGAGCCUGUCACAUCUACCCCUUUUCAUUCCUCUUAAACCUGGGACGAACAACCAAGAUACCUCGCUCCUUCCAGCACUUCAUGAUGUUUGCAGGUUUCAGGGGGUCUGUGGCGUUCAGCCUGGCAAUAAGAGACACAUCCACAGAAGUGAGGAGCACCAUCCUCACCACCACUCUGCUGCUGGUGGGCUUCACCAUCUGGGUGCUGGGCACCGCUGCUGAUCCCCUGCUGCGCCGGCUGAACAUCAGAGUGGGUGUGAAUGCAGAUGAAAAUCCAGAGGACCUUUCUCUUGAGGUCGCUACAGGGAGGCCAGACACAUCAGGAGGCCUGUGGCACCGUCUGGACUACAAAUAUCUAAAGCCGCUGCUGACGCAUUGUGGCCCUCCCCUCGCCGACUCACUGCCACAGUGCUGUGGGGUACUUGCCAGACUCUUCAGCAGCCCCCAUGUCCAGGAGGACGAAGGGCAGCGGUGUGAGCCUGAGUCAGAGGACUCCACCUUAGAGUUGGUGAAAACGGAGAACCCGCUUGGAUCUAUAGGGGGUGACUCUGGAUCAGCACAUCAGGAAGACCUGCUGGAGGGAGACCUGGGACUUGGCACUGCUCCUGCUCUCGCCAGGGAGGCCUGACGCUCCAGGAGUCAUCUCCAAGCCGAGCACAUCAGACCCUGCUGUCCUGAGGCGAAGGCCCUGCCUCCCACAGUGAAUGGGGUCAAUGGCUCUAAGAGGGGAGCCGACCGGGAGUCUGCGUUACGGUGGCUCCCGAAAGGUCACGCUCUCCCCCUUGUGCUGACCUGCAUGCAGAGACACACUCGCAGAGGGACACAUCACAAAGGCCAUUUGCUCUUUCUGUAGCUCGGCUGAUGAUUUUCUUGGCUUGCUGAAAUAAAAAGCUGAAUCCUGGCUUUAAGUGGCGCCUCAGGUUUAGCACAACCAACUGCAGGUGGAAACUGACCUGUGUGUGUGCUCAGUGUACUUUUCACACAGCAAGCAAACUUAUAAUUCAACACUUCUGGUUCAAAUACAGCAUGUUAAGUCACACAUUAUUGCCAGUGGAGCAGCUUUCUGCUACUUGCAUAAGGUCUUGGCUUCACGCUUCAGGAAGAAUUGCUCUCGAAUUGAAGGUUACGAAAUGUCCCUUUAUCAGCUAAAAUGUUAUUGUUUUGCCAACUUUACUCGGCUCUUCCCCAACUUCUGAUUCAACUUUUAAUGCACUGUUUUCUGCUAUAAUCAUUUUAACGUAUUCAAAAUGUAUUCCACUGAAUAUACAACAUGACUUGCUCAUUCUGUGUCUUGCUAAAAUAAUUCCAAAUGCUAAAGUAUAUUAAGAGCCUUUCCUCUGAUUGGACUUUGCUGCUUUGUGAGUACAUCAUUGUGAAUCUCCGGGUCCCGUUCCCCUUGUGUGAAGCAGUUGUGUACUGCACACAUCCAAUCGGUGAAGGUUAGGCUUUGUGACUACGCAGACUGUUAAUACAGUCAUUGUCCUUGAAGUGAGGGCUUUUACAUUUUAUGUUGUGAAUGCAUGGGUGCAUUAAUAGAAUGCUCCUCUGUUUCAGUCCUCGCUUGAUGCAGAGAAAUAAAAUGCAUUCUUUGUUUGCAA